AUGUCAGAGGAAUUCGUGCUUCAGCUCAUCCAAAAGUCACUCCGUGAGCUAGGCUAUGACGCCAUCAGUGAGGAUCUUGGCGAUGCCAUCAAACUCAAGCGUGGCACCAAAACGUCCCUGGCAGAAGCCGCAGGCUGGUUCCUGCUGCAAUUGAAACAGGGACAGUAUGAGGCCGUAGAGGCUCAUUUGGAGGCUCUCUUGACGGCAUCCCUGCCCUCACCAGUGUUGGACUUGCCGCAAUUUCGCGAUCCCCACGCGGUGGUGUUAACAACCCUCUACUUGGUCAAAAAGACCCAUUUCUUCGAGCAGUUGGUGCAAUCUCCCAACAAACCCCAGCAACAAUUGCUCGAGUAUCUCCGCAACCAGUUGCUUCCACUCUUGGACAAGUUGCAGGCAAGAGUCACCCAGAUUGCUGACUCGGAGUUCGACUUUGGCCACGGAUCCGAGCUCAACCUGGUGUUUGACUCCCUGUUAUUGAACCAAUUGAACAGGGAGAGCGAAUCCGCCCUCUUGCUCGAGUUCACGACCAAUCACGACAAGCUCACACUGGUGCUGGCGUCCAAGUACUUUUUUGGCCAGCCGAUCCGCUCUGGAAACCUCAUUACCUCGGCUCGUACUCUGUUGACAGACACCUUACUAGGUAAGCUUUUGAAGAACGACAAGCAGAUGUUCGACACCUCCUACGACAUCCCCGACAAUUUGCUCAACACCAUCAUUCGCCAGUCGGUGUUGUACCAGAAGCUGCAAAAUGCUUACUACUUGCCUCCCAGGACCUCUGGUGAAGGCAAGAAGCGAUCCGACGACGAGGACCUUGCGUUGACCUUGGACAAAAGCGCCACCCAGCUCCAUGAGCUCUACAAGACAACAUUGUUCCCCAACAACCUCCUUCACACCUUGAAAAACCACAACUUCGAAGUGUGGUGUGCCAAGUUUUCGCCUCUGGGACGAUUCUUGGUCACAGGAGCCUUGAACGGUGAGUUGGCCAUCUACGAUGUAUGGGAUGGGUUCAAAUUGCUCAAGACGUUGGAGCCAUCAACCUUGAACACCCAGGGAUUCCAGCCUACUGACAAAAGAGCGUAUGGUGAGAAGUCGGUGAUAUAUUGUGCCUGGGAUCAACACGAACACUACUUGGUCAGCUGCUACUUGGAUACGGUAGUGCGGGUUUGGGAAGUCACUGGUCUCCAGCAGCUUACUACCAAGAAGAGAAUCACUCGUUCAAUGAACGAUGCAACCACAGGCGAGAUCAAGUUGGCCAGCAGCUUUGUUUUGGGCCAGGAUAUCAAAACGUGGACCUGCGAAUUUUUACCUACCCUAGACGACACCUCCAAACCCAGAUUCAUCAUUGGAUCUCCAGACAAAGCAUUGAAAGCAUACGACGUUGACGGAACUGAGUUGUUCGAUUUUUACGGCAACAUUGACGACGAUGGAGACGAAGAGACCCAUGACCUAAAUAUGAAAGAAGAUUCGCCAAUCGACACUGCUGUUGAAUUUGAGGCUUCACUCUCCUCGUCAGCUAAAAACAAGCUGGACAACGGAUUGGACAAAAAGCUCGAGAAUAAUUUCAACAGAAUUAACGACAUCGCGGUGACUCCAAAUGGUAAGAUCCUCGUGACAGCGAGUAACGACCGCCGUUUGCAGUUCUACCAAAUUCCUACCUCAUUCAACGAAGAGGCCUCUACCAAAAGACUUGCAUCCAUAACGUUGAAAGGAAGGCUUACUUCGUGCUCCAUCUCUGCUAACGGCAAGUAUUUAUUGGUUAAUUGUGCACCUGAAGAAUUACAAGUGUGGGAUAUCUCAGGAUUGUCAAAUCUGGAAAACCCAGAGCCAACGCCAAUUCUUUACCGAAGAUUACUCGGGCAUACACAAAGUAUCCAUGUUGUGAGAUCUGCCUUUGGUUAUUUAGUGGAUAGCACGGGUGAGGAAGAACUUGUCAUCAGUGGAUCUGAUGAUGGUUUCAUAUAUUAUUGGAAAUUGCAUACUGGCCAGUUGAUUGGAAGAAUUAAGGGCCACCACGGAUUGUGUAAUUCUGUUGAUUGGAAUAGGUUCGGUGGGGUCGGAGGCUCAACUGAUUACGGCAAACUAUGGUGCUCUGUUGGCGACGACAAAUUGGUCAAGAUUUGGGGACCUUAG